UGUGGCAUUGCUCAUCACUUGAUGUCUAGGCAUGACGAUACACAUGUGAUUGACAAGGAAACUCACAGGCUUGCUAUUGUGAACAUGGACUGGGAUCAUAUUAAGGCGGUGGACUUGUAUAUGGUCAUGACAUCUUGUAUUCCGGAAGGUGGGCGAGUUCUAUCAGUCUCGAUAUAUCCAGCAGAAUUUGGACUGAAGUGCAUGAACAUUGAGACAACUGAAGGCCCUUCUGCUCUUAUUGGUGCUGAUGGUUAUGGUGGUGAUGAUGGUGGGAAAGAUGAUGACAGUGAUGAUGGAUAUGGUGAUGGCAAAGAAGAUGAACUUGACUCUGAGACUGAGAACAACAAGCUCCGUACUUAUGGGCUAAACAAACUGAGGUACUACUAUGCAGUUGUGGUGUGUGAUUCUAGUGCAACUGCGGAUCACAUAUACACAACUCUUGAUGGUACCGAGUUCUUGAAAACGGCAAAUGUGUUUGAUUUGCAGUUUAUUUAUGACUCUAUGGAGUUCAAAUACCCUGCUCAUGACAUAGCUACAGAGGCACCUUUGAGUUACAAGGAUCCUGAUUUUGAGACUUUUCCUUCGCAGCAUACCAAAGUUAAGCCCACCUGGGAUGAUGAUGAACCAGAUUGUAAGAUCUUGAGGGAAACGUUCAAACAUAAGUUUGAUGACAUUUAUAAAUAUAUUGAAAGUGAUGAGAGUGCAUCAGAAGAUGUAGAUGAUUCCGGUUACCGGUCUCGGCCAAAUGGUGUGUCGCAAUGGAAGUUAAUAAAUAAGGACAGGUUGGCUCUUUUACUAGAAGGAAAUAAAUCUGAUGUGGAACAAAGACACGACCAAGACAUGGAGGUAACAUUCAACAUGGAGCUCAAGGACUUCAGCAGAUGUAUCCUUGAGAGAAAGGGUAUUGAGACGAAGACUAUAUGGGAGAUGCACCAAGCAAAAAUGAAGGAGAAGCAGAAAGGUAGAAAGAGGUGGCCAAAGGAUGAUGAUGACUAUAGCAGCAAAGAUAGCGCUGAUGAUUUCCUUGAUGAAAAGUUGUUUGAAGAAGCUAAGCCGAUGAAGAAACCAAAGGUGAAGGCCAAAGGGAGGAAAGACAAGGCUCCAGAGGAACAUUAUGAGCCAGAAGCAACUAAAGAGGUAGCUGCUCCUAUCUGCUUAUGUUACUCCAUUUGCAUCUCUUCUCAUUAAGUAGUUGCCACAUCAUAUUUUUGCCUAUGUGAAAUGUAUGUUAAUACUUAUGUUAUUCCCACUGAGCAGCCUGAGGAAGUGAGGGAGACCGCCCGGAUGCUGGUAGCUGACUGUGACCUAGAUGUGAGUGUCGAGUAGUACUAGUCUGAAAAAUGAUGUAGUGGCCUUUGUGGCCUUGGUGAUGCCGGUUAUGGAAACUUAUUCCCCGCAAAAAAAUGUAUAAACUUAUUCAACGCAAGAAAUGUAUUUGUAUGAUUUAGUGUACAUCCUGUGCUCUCACUUGAGCGUUUGUCUUGGAAGACGUGAUGAAUUAAUUUAUGCACAUGGUACUACGUGUUGUGAGUUUUAGGGUUAUAAUCACUAAACGUCUUGCUUUUUCGCAAAAUUUUUUACUAGUUGUCCCGCUGAUCACCAUGUGGCCUCAAGUUUAUUGUCUUCCAUUCAUAGUGGUCUUGCAUUUUAGAUUUUCCCAAAUCCUAAAAAGUUCUGCUGUGCUCGUUUGUGUCCUCGAGCGCACACGCCUCUGCGCCGUCGGAUGUUGAUCGUGGACAUCAGUUGCCGCGGUGUCUUUCUGCGUCGCGUGCAAGUGGCACCUGGUCGGCUUGUGGCCCGUUGGGUGGGAGCGGUGGUCAUCGGAAGGGAAGCAGCAGCCUCGUGCCGUUCGCGCAGAGGGCGAGCAUUCCUUCCUCGCAAUCCUUGGGUAAGCACAUCUGGUCUCGAUUUUGCGCUUUUCCCGCUGUUCAAAUCGACUAGUACAUGGUGGAUGAUGAUGUUCUCGUUAUGGUUGGCGACAUUGGGAAUUCGGUGCGCAGGGGAUUGGCUACUCGUGGAUAUAGGAUUUGAAGGCAGUUGGGGCUGCUGUGGUGUUGA